AUGAAGGGUGGAAAGGAUAGACAUGAGGUUGUGGAGGUGAAUAAUGGCAAUGGGUCCAUGAAGAAGGCCUAUAAGGAUUUGUUGAUGGAAAGGAUCUCAAUUGGGAACUCUAGGGUUCAGAGGGGGCCGUUAGCCGAAGGUGGUGGUAGCGGUAGUAGCAUUGAGGAUACAGCAGAGGGGACUACUAAUAGAUAUAAUAUUGGCAUGAUUGAAGAGACUGGUGAGUCCAUAAAUGAUUACGAUGAUUUCAAGAAAAAUAUACUUAAUAAUGAGAGCAUAUCCGAUGGCAACGAUGAAGAUUACGAAGAUGAUGACUGGUUGAAUUACAGCGACAAUGACGAUGACGAUGAUGAUGUUGACGAUGAUGAUGAUGAAGGCAACAGUCUCCAAGAGGCAAAUGAAAGUUUUAUAGAAGAUUAUGAUGAAAUUGAUGAUUAUACAUCAACAGAUAUGGAAAAUAUAUCUACAGAGGACACGGAUUAUGAAUAUGAAGACGAAUAUGACACUAUGCUUCAUGACAAAUCUGUAAGGUAUAAUGAAGACAUAACUACUAGUAAUUCGAAUAAAUUUUUGAGAAAUAUCUCAUUAGGAAUUACAAUGAUGUUUAUUUUGCUUCUAACGAUACCAUUGAUUCUAAAUGGUAAAACAGAUAGCUCUAUUAGUGAAUUUUCUACAAUAAAACCAACAUCGUUGGGUAAUAUUCAAAAACAAGUGAAUCAUUUAUACAAGGAAAUGAAUACAAGGAAUGAUCAGUAUCAGUCAGAUCUAGAUAAGACAAUAAAAGUGGUCAUAUCACAAUUCGAGAAGAAUAUCAAAAAACUGAUACCUUCUAAUAUACUUGAUUUUCAAGCCCAGUUGGAACUGUUGAAUACAAAAGUAAAUUCUUUAUCAUCGUCUUUGACAAACUGGGACACAAUGAAUAAAGAUUAUCGUUCUAAAUUUUCCAUGGAAAAUAUAACUGAAUGGCACGAUAAACUUAUUGAAGAACUAAAUCACCGUUUGCCAAAUGAAAUACCUGUAGUAGUGAAUGGCACCUCAUCGAUGUUAGUUAUUCCAGAAUUACAUGAAUAUAUAUCUGGGUUAUUGUCAGAUUUGAUUCAACAUGUUGAACCAACAGAUCUAAAAUCAGAACUAAAGUACGAUCUUAACGAAUAUAUUAAAGAAGUCUUGGAGAAUCAACUUCAAUAUGUUGAUAAGGAUUAUUUUAUCACAGAAUUAAACAGAAAUUUACAAUUGAACAAGCAUGAAAUAUGGCAAGAGGUCAGCACAAAAUUAGAACAAAUAGAAAAUGAAAAUGCAAAAUACAAAAGUUCAAUAAAUAUUUCUCCUGAUCAAUAUUCGACAAUAUUGUUAAAAAAAAUGGUAAAUAAAAUUUACAAUGCCAAUCAACAUCAAUGGGAAGAUGAUUUAGAUUUCGGUAGUCUUUCUAUGGGUACUAGAUUAUUAAAUCAUUUAACUUCUUCCACAUGGAAAUACGGUUAUGGUACAUCUCCAAUAGAAUUGUUAUCGACGACGAGAGGUAGUUCUACUUAUUGGCAAUGUGACUCAACUAAUGACUGUUCUUGGGCAAUUCGGUUUCAACAGCCAUUGCAUUUAUUUAGAAUAUCAUAUGUCCAUGGUAGAUUAACAAAUAACGUCCACAUGAUGAAUUCUGCGCCAAAGGUUAUUUCAGUAUAUGUCAAACUCGCUGAUGAUAGGUCGUCUAUUUCAAAAUUUUUGGAUACUGCAAAACUAUUUAAACAAGGUCAGUUGUUUGCUAAGGAUUCGACGUAUAUUAAAAUCGGUCAAUAUAACUAUAACUUGGCAGAAACCGAAAUAAGGCAACAAUUUCCUUUACCACCUUGGUUUAUCAAACUAAGGCCAUUAGUGCACUCCAUUGUUUUUCAAGUUGAUGAAAACUAUGGUAACCGUGAGUUUACCUCAUUAAAGAAGUUUGUCGUAAAAGCUAUAACACAAUCUGAUUUGGAGAUCACUAGCGCAGGUGAAUUUCCAUUUAAAGCAGGAGAUAUCCCAGAUUAUUCAUCACCUAGUUAUUUAGAUGAUUUUGAAAGGUUGCAUUUGAAGACUCCAAGAAGAAAUAAUGAUGGUGACGAUCCUGAUCAAGAACCAAAGUUUGAUGACAGUGAUAACAUCCCUUCAUUUGGUCAAGAUGAAUUGGAUAUUUAG